AUGGUGCGACCAUUACCGCCCGGUUUGCAAAAAGUUGCAAUUGAAGAACUUCACGAAGAUCCUGCUCGAGUACAGGAUGAUAUAGAUGCUCUAAAGACAUGGAUUCAGCAACAACCCCAUUUGAGGGCACGUACCGAUGAUCAAUUUUUAGUGGCUUUCUUGCGUGGCUGUAAAUACAGUUUGGAAAAGGCCAAAUCAAAAAUCGACAAAUAUUAUAUGUUACGUUCCAAAUUUCCGGAAUUGUUUUCAUUGCGGGAUGUCGAUGAACCAAAGAUACAAGAAAUCAUUAAAUUGGGAAUUGGCAUUGCCUUACCCACACCCCUUAAUGAAGAUGGUCCCCGCAUAAUGCUUGUACGCAAUGGCUGUUAUGAUCCGGAAAAAUACAACUUUGCCGAUAUAAUGCGUGUCUUCCAGGCCUGGAAUGAAAUCCUUAUGUGGGAAGAUGAUUAUGCCAUUGUUAAUGGUUUUGUACACAUUGCCGAUUUGAAAGACUGGAAUAAACAACAUUUUUUCCAAAUGACACCAAGUUUAAUGAAAAAAAUGACAGUCUAUUCGGAAGAAGCAAUACCUUUGCGACCAAAAUCCUCGAAUUUUAUUAAUGUACCCUCGAUAUUUGAAUCGCUAUUUAAUGUGGCUAAACCUAUGUUGUCGGAAAAGCAGCUUAAGAGGAUGGUCGUCUAUGGUUCAAAUUUGGAUAAAUUUUAUGAAAAAAUACCUCAGAAAUAUUUGCCCAAAGAAUAUGGCGGUGAAAAUGGUUCAAUUCCCGAAAUUAUUGCCGAAUGGGAACAGAAAUUCCAGGCAUACAAGGAAUAUUUUAAAGAGGAUGCCAAAUAUGGUACCGAUGAACACCUGAGACCGGGUAAACCAAUUGAUUUUGAUAAUCUAUUUGGCAUGGAGGGUUCAUUCCGCAAACUUAAUGUGGAUUAA